GUACUCAUUGACUUCAAAAUUGAAUUCCAAAGUGACUUAUCCGUGGAAUAGCCAACCCUCUCUUGCGGGGAAAGAUCCUUUCCUCCGCCGCCGUCCUUAUCGAGCACCACCGAUUGGCCAGCCACAUUUGGCGAGCAAAGGAGAAGGUCCUUUGCAGAGCAGUUGUUAUCAACCACCAUGUGGGAAAGAGAUUGGGAGGGAUUUUAGGGUUAAGGGCUUGGCGUAGAGAUGAGAUUAAAAAGAUGGGUGUUUGCUUAUAGAUACUUAUAAUGCUGAACCACUUGAAGGAAUUAACGAUGUUUCUCAGCAAAAGCUUGUUCUUGGAGGAGAAGUAUGCAUGUGGGGUGAGACAGCUGAUACAUCAGAUGUUCAGCAAACUAUUUGGCCUCGAGCUGCUGCUGCGGCAGAGCGUUUGUGGAGCAGGAGGGAGGCAACAUCUGCGCGAAAUGGUAAUUUAACUGCACUGCCUCGGCUACAAUACUUCAGAUGCCUCUUGAAUAGACGUGGAGUUCAAGCUGCUCCAGUGACCAACUUGAUUGCUCGAAGUCCUCCAAUUUGGUCCGCGGGUCAUGCUAUGACCAAUAAUACUUCGAUUAUCAUAUUAGGUGAUUUCAUUAGUCUUAAACUUCCCUUCCAAUGCUAUACAGAUAAAUGCAAGCGUUCUAGAGAUUUUGCAUAUCUGUUGUUCAAACAUGCAUGCCUAUUUAUGAUAGCUAUUAUUGUCAGAAUUUACGGUUUAGAAUCUUUUGCUUCUUGAUGUUGAGAUCAUUGGCUGGGAAAUAUUAUGGAUCACAGAGUAUGGUCAUUGUAUUUGGAAAAA